AUGGACUCGAGCAGUGCAACCCCAGUCGGCGGCCCAGAACAAGCGUGGUUUCGUGAUGGCCCAGCCGUCGAGCCAGCGAAAUCGGAUCGUUCCAAUUCCGACUAUGUUCCACUAUUGGUCUCACAUCUAGAGUCCAUCCCGGUACUUGGCAAUCUACAUCCUUACUUCAUGGAUCAGGCUUUUGAGGGUGAGCUUGGCGUCGGUGGCUUCUUUGAUGUGCAAAAGAAAACGAUCAAGCAUGACGACAAACCGCGCGUCGUCGCCAUAAAGCGUCUGAAGCCAACUUUCUCUCCAGCCAACCCAGUAGCUGGCUAUGCGGCCGACCCGAGGGCUUUGCGGACAAUGCUGCGCGAGAUUCAGGUCAUGGAGACGAUGAAGGAUUCCCCCUUCAUCUUGGAGCUACUUGACGUUGGAUCUUGGCCAGAUUCUGCCUUCCACUCAACGCCGUUUCUGGUCGUCGAACUUGCCACGGGCGGAACUCUCACAAAGUUUCUCGGCAUUAGCAAGGCCAAUGCAACUGAUGAUCUCCCAGCUCAUGCCGCUUCUGGGUACCAUGAUCAUGGUUAUGCGCUGAGGAAAUCGCUUCUCAUUGAUGUUGCCAGCGGUCUACACGUACUUCACCAGAAUGCAAUUUUUCACACCGAUUUGAAGCCAGACAAUAUUCUUGUGUUCAGCACCGGCAACCAUAACGAGAGCUACCAUGCCAAGAUAUCCGAUUUCGGUUCGUCAAUUAUCAGAAACGCGUCUACCCCAGACAACCGCAUCCUCUUCGGCCGAGACUCUGGGGAGACGGAUGGAUAUAAGGCACCAGAGCUUUACGCCAUGUCCUCCUCCGACCUACUAAACCUACGCGACCCGGAGCUGAGAAAGCUUGAUAUUUUCUCUUUUGGGGUGGUUCUGAUUGAGACUAUUUCUUCGUGCCGUAUCACCGGUCUUCCAUUCGGUGAGAGAAAGGUCACAGCCGACUCAGUAGCAUCGCUGUCUUUUCUCCGCGGCUACAUUGGUGAAGAAGAGUGGAACGAGACAGUUUUGAGGGCACUUGAAGCGUGCUUGUCUGAUUCCUCGUCAAGAUGCGACAAUCUUCCCGACAUUCUUGCGCUUCUCGGCCAGGAUAGCCAGGAAAGUUUCACCACGGCUCCUUCAUUGGAAGGAGUAUUUACAUCAAAGACGUUAGCAUUCCUAGACCAGGGCAGUAAGAUGAUGAUCAACAGCGGAGGAAAUAUCGACAUGCCCUCGCUUUUCAAGAUAAUUAUCUGGCUCACCAGCCCCCCUAGAGCGGUUACUGACUACGAUCUGCUCAUCUCGGCUGCCAUCAUAUUCGGCAAGGAGCAAUCUACCGACCACCUAGAACUUAUUUGCGAACUCCUCGACGAGUUCGGCGUCUCGCUCAACUUCCAUAUCGAAUCUCUCGGGGAGGAGAACCUCGUCUCACCACUGAUGUUGGCCUCAUACUUUGGGAAUACCGACGCCGUUCGCAUUCUAACCGGCGCCCACAGAGAACGUUCUUGCAUGAGCCGAUUCAAGUCCGACAAUGAUGUCGACGAGAUUUGCUCUAUUCUGGCAGACGGUGUUACCCCAGAGGACAUGCGUUUCGACAUACCGCCACUAGAAGCCUUUGCUAUCAGAUGCUGGGGCAGCAUGCAGCCUUCUAUCUGGGAGUUCUUCCUUUCCAUCGUGGACGAAGAUCCAGAAAUAAGGACCAAAAUGGGAGUCGCUUUUAGGGAGUCUAUUACCAGUGUAUUCUUCUCGCUCUUCCAAACCGUGCACAUGGUCCUUCACGGACCAAAAUAUACCGAACGUCUCAUCUGGCAGUUGCGCCAAGGGAUGGAAUUCUUCAUAGACGUCGAUGACCCCAACUUCAUCGCGCACUUACUCACCCCAAUGUUUUCCAUUCCCGAACCUCAUUUGCAGGUGGCCGUCAUCGAGGCCUGCAAGGAUUUGGCAACCUCGGCGGAAGCGGCACCAUAUGACACUGAGACCCUCAAGGCCAUCAUGUUUACUUUCAACUCCAAAGCCGCAGCGCAAAAUCUCAGCGUCGGCCAUUCGCUGGGCGGCCGCGGGCAAUGA